UAAGGCGGGACGAGGCAGGCGAGGGGGACAGCGCAGCCGAGCGGAGCCCAGGAGAGGAGAGAGCGCGAGCGAGAGCCUGAGCGAGAGCCUGGGAAGCAAGGAAGGGGAAGCCGCCGGUGCGCCGGACAGGAACGCAGGUGUUCGGAGCUCCGGGGCUGCAGCUCCACUGCCGGCCGUCAUGUACCGCUCCACCAAGGGCGCCUCCAAGGCGCGCCGCGACCAGAUCAACGCGGAGAUCCGGAACCUCAAAGAGCUGCUGCCGCUGGCUGAAGCGGACAAGGUCCGGCUGUCCUACCUGCACAUCAUGAGUCUUGCCUGCAUCUACACUCGCAAAGGCGUCUUCUUCGCUGGAGGCACUCCUCUGGCGGGCCCCACUGGGCUUCUCUCAGCUCAAGAUCUUGAAGACAUUGUGGCAGCACUACCUGGAUUUCUGCUUGUGUUUACAGCUGAGGGGAAGUUGCUAUACCUGUCCGAGAGUGUGAGUGAGCAUCUCGGUCACUCCAUGGUGGACCUUGUUGCUCAGGGUGACAGUAUCUAUGACAUCAUUGACCCUGCUGAUCACCUCACUGUGCGCCAGCAACUCACUUUGCCCUCUGCUCUGGACACUGAUCGCCUUUUCCGUUGUCGCUUCAACACCUCCAAGUCCCUCCGGCGCCAGAGUGCAGGCAACAAACUGGUGCUUAUUCGAGGCCGAUUUCAUGCUCACCCUCCUGGGGCCUACUGGGCAGGAAACCCUGUGUUCACGGCUUUCUGUGCCCCACUGGAGCCAAGACCCCGCCCUGGGCCUGGCCCUGGCCCUGGCCCUGGCCCUGCCUCACUUUUCCUGGCUAUGUUCCAGAGCCGACAUGCUAAGGACCUGACCUUACUGGACAUCUCUGAGAGCAUCCUAAUCUACUUGGGCUUUGAGCGCAAUGAACUGCUCUGUAAAUCAUGGUAUGGACUGCUGCACCCCGAGGACCUGGCCCACGCUUCUGCUCAACACUACCGCCUGUUGUCUGAGAGUGGAGAUAUUCAGGCAGAGAUGGUGGUAAGACUGCAGGCCAAAUCUGGAGGCUGGGCAUGGAUUUACUGCCUGUUAUACUCAGAAGGUCCAGAGGGCUCUAUCACUGCCAAUAACUACCCAAUCAGUGACACAGAAGCCUGGAGCCUCCGCCAGCAGCUGAACUCUGAAGAUACCCAGGCAGCUUAUGUUCUGGGCACCCCAACCAUGCUGCCCUCAUUCCCUGAGAAUGUCCUCCCCCAAGAGCACUGCUCUAACCCACUAUUUACUCCAGCCCCAGGGGCUUCCAGAAGCACCAGUUUCCCUGGCACAUCUGAACUCGGUGUGGUCUCAAUGUCAGAAGAGCUUCCCCGACCCCCCAAAGAGAUGGACUUUAGUUACCUGCCAUUCCCUGCGGGGCCUGAGCCCUCUCUCCAAGCAGACUUGAGCAAGGAUCUUGUUUGUACACCUCCCUAUACACCCCACCAGCCAGGAGGCUGUGCCUUCCUCUUCAGCCUCCAUGAGCCCUUCCAGACACUUUUGCCCACACCAUCCAGCUCUCUCCAAGAACAGUUGACUCCAAGCACUGCAACCUUCUCUGAUCAGUUGACUCCCAGCAGUGCAACCUUCCCAGAGGCACUAACCAGCCCACUACAAGGCCAGUUGACCGAAACCUCGACCAGAAGCUAUGAAGACCAGUUGACUCCAUGCACUUCAACCUUCCCGGACCAACUGCUUCCCAGCACUGCCACCUUCCCAGAGCCUCUGGGCAGCCCUACCCAUGAGCAACUGACUCCUCCCAGCACAGCAUUCCAAGCACACCUGAACAGCCCCAGCCAAACCUUCCCGGAGCAACUUAGCCCCAAUUCCACCAAGACUUACUUCGCCCAGGAGGGAUGCAGUUUUCUCUAUGAGAAGUUGCCCCCAAGUCCUAGCAGCCCUGGUAAUGGGGACUGCACACUCCUGGCCCUAGCCCAGCUCCGGGGCCCCCUCUCUGUGGAUGUUCCCUUGGUGCCCGAAGGCCUGCUCACACCUGAGGCCUCACCAGUCAAGCAGAGUUUCUUCCACUACUCUGAGAAGGAACAAAAUGAGAUAGAUCGUCUCAUCCAGCAGAUUAGCCAGUUGGCUCAGGGCAUGGACAGGCCCUUCUCAGCUGAGGCUGGCACUGGGGGACUGGAGCCACUUGGAGGACUGGAGCCCCUAGACUCCAACCUGUCCCUGCCAGGGACUGGCCCCCCUGUGCUCAGCCUGGACCUGAAACCCUGGAAAUACCAGGAGCUGGAUUUCCUGGUUGACCCUGAUAACAUAUUCCUGGAAGAGGCGCCCGUGGAAGACAUCUUCAUGGAUCUCUCUACUCCAGACCCCAAUGGGGAAUGGGGUUCAGUGGAUCCUGAGGCAGAGGGCCCAGGAGGGGCCCCAUCACCUUGCAACAACCUGUCCCCAGAAGACCACAGCUUCCUGGAGGACCUGGCCACCUAUGAAACCGCCUUUGAGACAGGUGUCUCAGCAUUCCCCUACGAUGGGUUUACUGAUGAGUUGCAUCAACUCCAGAGCCAAGUUCAAGACAGCUUCCAUGAAGAUGGAAGUGGAGGGGAACCAACGUUUUGAAUAAGUCUGUGACUUACGUCGUCAAGUAUGGCAUAUUGUCAUCAAGACGUGGAGCAGCUCUCCACCCCCCCGGGACUGUUGGGGGGAUUCUGGGGGCCAGAGGGGGAUAUAUCUGAUUCCCCAGGCCCUGAAGGAUUUGGGGGGGGAGGUGGGAGGGCGAGGGAGGGGAGCUUCUUUUUAAAAUUAAGGGACUUUGAGCGAUCCCAGCUUCCAUUUCAAUCUGUAUUCACUCGUAGUGAGCUUCCUUGAAUGGAUUUCAAGCGGGGAAUGGGGGAGUCUCACUUCCCCACCGCGCUGCCCCAUGGGCCUGGGCCAGUUCUCCACUCCCAGGGGCCAUGCCACCCCUGGAUCCUAGUGGAGGAAAGGUAGGGCCCACCCGGGCCAGCCUGUGCCCUGAGGGGCUCUUGACACCCACGUAGAAUUCUCUACACACCAGUAACGGGAUUUCAAUUCCGAUGGACUCCGCCGCCCCGGCGGCCCUUCCUGAGACUUUUGCGCCCCGCGCCUGGGGUGGGGGGCGCGAAGAGACGCUACGUUCCUUUCCGAUGGAGAAAGGCAGACCUGCCGUCACACAUGUGCUUGCACGAGUGCGUGUACCUGGUGCGGGACUCACCCGGCCGCCAGACCGCCUGGGCCUGCCCAGACGGCCACCUCGUGGUGCUGCGGUGACUUUGUAGCCAACUUUAUAAUAAAGUCCAGUUUGCCUUUUUGGUA